CCUAACCCUAGAGACAAACUCAGAGGCGGAUACUAUUCAACUUCCUCUCUACUGAGCUCGAUCUCAACUCGCCUGAGUUCGAGCUCACUCACUCAGAACGGUUCUAUCUCCACGUCACCUCUAUUUCCAACGGAUUUGUCAGAGAGGAGUACGAUUAUUCUCUCAAAACCGUGGAUUCUUAUACAAAAGGACGAUUUACAAGACGAAUGGGGGUCGUGGAUAGAUGUAAAUCGAUCAACGCCUUCCAUUUGUCCCAAAAAUUAUUCAAAUAUGUGAGGAUUUUCGGAGUUUUUGGCAGAAUUUUUUUUUCAGAUUUUUGGAAGGCUAUAUAAGGUGAGUCUCUUUGUAGAAAAAAAGGAGAGAAAAUCAGAGGAGAAAAAAAAUCUGAAAAAAGAUCUUAAAAGCUUAGUCGAAAUUUCCAGUUUUUUUAGUAGACAUUUUUCUUCAACUCCUUCUUCUUCAGUUUUUUUUUUAGAAAAAACAUAAAAAAAUGUGUUCUGAGUUCAUCAUUUUUGAAGAGAAAAAACAAAAAAAAUGACCGAAAACAGAGAUUCUUUUAGCUUUGGUUUCUUUCUCUUGAUUCUUUGGUUCUAAAAAAGAAGUUUUUUUUGGAUUAAAUUUCAAUUUAAAGUCUAUAGCUAGGAUUCUGAACUGUGGCGUUGUGGAUUUCUAUCCGAAUUUUUGGUUGCGAUUUGGAUGUGGUUGGCUGAUUUGCUGAGUUAUCUUCGCUGUCGCUGAAUUUCUUCUCCUGUUCCAGCAUUUCGUCUUGUUAUUUUUCAGUUGUCUUACUCUCAUAGGAUGAGCACAAACGAAAAUGAACCCUUCGCAGCUCUUGAGGAAAUCCCCUUACAAAUUCAUAUGUGGUGGAAUGAUUUGGGAAAAGGCAGUAGAGGAACUGUGAUUAAAGUAUUGGGUGGUCUUGUCGGACUGUUAAACAUCAAGCCAAGAUUGGACAUAAUUGAAGCCUUGAUACCUUUUUGGGAUCCGACUCGAAAUGUGUUCCGCUUUUCUGAUUUUGAGCUCACACCCAUACUAGAAGAAAUUUCGGGUUACGCCGGCCUUAAUGGAAAUCUUAGAAGUCGGUAUCCGGUGUUACCAAGGCCGGUAUCUCCCCACAAGUUUCUGGAUAUGUUAAGUAUUAGCCGGGAUAUUCAGGAUAAGAAUUUAUCUGAAGGGUCAUGUACUUUCCAGUUCUUGUACCAACGUUAUGGUAACCCCCAAGGCUUUGAAGAACCAAAUACUGGUUUGACUCAUGCUGGAAAUAAGUAUAAAUGGGAGGCAAGGCGAGGCUUGGUCUUUAUAGUAGCAUUCUUGGGAGUUAUAGUCUGUCCGCGAAAAGACCGCAACAUAGAACUGGGCCUAGUGGGAAUGGUUGACGUUGCAAUCAAGAAAGCUAAUGGCACUCUGGUUCCCUUGAUUUUGUCUGAAAUUUACCGAGCUUUGACCAUCUGUCGAGAAGGCGGAAAGUUCUUCCAAGGUUGCAACUUAUUACUACAGUUGUGGAUAUAGGAACAUCUCUGCCACCGUGCCGGGUAUAUGAAUUAUGGCAUGACCGGUUUGAAUUGCAUCGAAGAAUUUGAAAGCCGUGUGGUGGGUGUUGAAUUUCCCGAGGGUACCGAGUCUUGGUUGGCAUGUUUGAGCUCUUUGACUUCUGAUAAAAUUGAAUGGGCGUUCGGAUGGCUCCAUGUCACCAAGGGUGUGUACAUGUCAGUCGAAGUAUGUUAUUUUCUCCUGAUGGGUAUCCAAAGCAUCCAGCCAUAUGCUUCUCACUGGGUUUUGUGCCAAUUGGGCAGGUUUCAAAUUAUUCCUCAUGACAAGGAUUUGAGUCAACAAGUUAUUGAAUUGGGCCCCAAGGCUGUGUUCCCAGAAGGAAGAGUCUAUCAAAUGUGGAAUGAGUGCAGAUUUCUUGAACCUAAGACUAUGGUGUGGGAUCUAGCUAGAGGUGAGGCAGACCCCAAGUACAUUAUCUAGUUUGGUAAAAGGUUUCAGAUUUCUGAGAGACCCGCUAAGAGAGCUCAUGUUCAACAAUUCACUAACGACUCGUAAGAGCAGUGGGGCUGGUUGGCAAAGGAAGAAGGAUAUAGGGCUAAAAUAAGUAAAUUAGAGGGACAAAUCAGGGACCUCAAGUUUGACAACAGUAUCCAGGCCGCCGUAGAUGAAGGGGAAAAGAAAAAUCUAACUCAGGAAAAUGAAGCCCUCAAAGCCCAAAUCCAGAAAAUGAGGAUAGCUGCUAAAAACCAGGAAAGAAGUCGAGCGGAUGAAAGGGUUAUAAACAGUCUGAGAAAGAAAGCACUUGAGUGUCAAGAUGACCUAGACAAGUCUGAAUCCAGUUUAGCAAAAGUCCGGGCCCAAUUGGCAAAGAAUGCAGAAGGGAGGGCAUAGUUUGUGCGACAAAUAAAAAGAAAAUAUGAGGGGACAAUCACCAACCUGAUGGGAAAGAUAACUACCCUUGAAAAUGAGGCGGCCAGACAGGCCAAGAACUUUAAAGCUGAUAGGGAACAUUGUUGUGCUUUGAUGGCUCAGAAUGAGGAAGAAAUGCGACAGCUGCAAAAUCAAAACCAUCACGACACUCAGGUGCUAGAAGCCAGGAAUUAGCAAGUCGGGCGUCUGCUUCAAGAAAAGUGUAGAAUCCGGGAGAGGGUUAGAGCCAUUACCGACUACAUUUUCACAAAAUGCCAAGCAUGUGAGGACAUGACUCAAACCACUUUCUUCAUUGCAGUGAUGACAUUUGUCCGCCAGAUAAUGAGUGAUUUGGAGAGGCUUCAAGGGGAUCUCGCAUAUAGGCCCGUGGUGAGACCAAAUGAUGUCCCACGGGCCCCAAGAGUCGAAGCUUUAAUGUAUUCCUGAUUUUUCCAUUUAUCGAGUCUGUAUUUUGGUCCAUUUUGAGUCUGUUCAUAGUUUUAUAUUCCAAGAAAAUGAGUAGUUUGAAGUCUUUUGUAAUAGAAAGUUUAGGAGUUUUUAUUAAUGAAAAUCAAAAAUUCCCAAAAUUGUCUUUUUAUUUUUCGCAUUUAUUUAUCUUGAACUACGUUACGAUCUGAUUCACGCGGGUGUCGUGAUACGUAGGCAAUCCUCAUCGGAUCCGGUCAUGGUUUUGUAAAUAGCUCAAAUAAAAAGGGAAAAAUCUAGAAAAAAACCAAAAAGAAAGAAAAGAGAGCCAAAGAAAAAUCAAAAGAAAAAUGGGAGUAGAGGCAUGAAAAGCCGAAGUGGAAAGAAAAGAACUUUGGGGAAAAUAAGCAAAGCCGGGAAGAAACAUGCAAACGUUGUGAAAACUGUUUAGGUGCAUCACACCCCAACGUGCGAUUACCUGUGUGUUAUUUGCUCCAAACUAACCAGUUUAUUGUCUACUAUUCAUAGCAUAGGUUUUACAGUAAGGUGGUUGGUUUUGUGGUAGUCUGGAUUCGCAUCCAUACUUCACGAGUUCGAAAGUUAGCGUUGAAAUGUCUUCAGAAAUGACUCUUCCAACAGUUCCUAUUGUGGAUGAUAGUUCGAUCUCGGGCAUCCCAACCUCAGAAUCGGCAGCUGCCGAGGAAAAUAGGUUUAUGCGUCUCCGUAUGAUGGAAAUGUUGGACUCCUGGGCAAAUGGAAAAGAACCACCAAGUGAAAUCCCUGGAUUUCCCGAGCUUUUUCUCAGGGCAAGUGGGACCUCCAACAUCCCCAUAAAUUAUCCAAAUACCCCAUUGGGACACCCUACCAUUUCCGCCAACCUUGUGGGAACACCUUCUGAGGCUCGCCCCCAGGUUUUAGUCUCAGGCGCGACUUCAAAUAUAUUCACUGCCCCAUCUUGCUCGGCUAUAGCAAAACCUACACCACCCAGGCCCAUCUUUGACCCAUCGUCCUUCACCUUCCAAACACCAUCUUUCCCACUGGAACCUCCACUGUUCCCUACCUAUACCUAUUCCCAGCCGCCCCGGUAUGAGUUCACCGCAGGGCAAGAGAAAA